AUGAAGGUCAUUUUGGUUAUUUCUUUGCUUGCCUUCGCGGUUCAUGCUUUAAAUAAUAACACACCAUGGCAAGCGGAUGAGUGCUCGGAGUUCGCAACUUCACUCUCAACAAGCGAUAUAGGAGGGUCGAUCUUGAACUCUUCUCAUAUCCCCGUCAAAGCUGUUAAUAUCAGCGGCACACUUAACAUAUUUCCAUUAUGCCGCUUGUUUGGCAAAGUCCCAUAUCCCAAGAACAACUCGAUCAUCUUCGAGCUCUGGCUCCCCGCAGCCGACAAGUACAAUGGGCGAUUUCUAGUUAUAGGAAAUGGUGGGAUGGCAGGCACCAUUGACGAAGGAAACGUGAUCCUCAACGUGAAUAAGGGGUACGCAGUAGCAGGCAGCAAUGCAGGUCAUCUGGCUUCGCUCAACAACGCCGGCAAUGGUGCUCCUGGGGUAUAUCUGCCGUACAUGCAUGACCAAGAGCAGGUCAAAGCAUGGAUACACAACUCCAUCGCGUACUUCACGCCAGUCGCCAGGAAAAUAACGGCGAAAUUCUACCGCAUUCCUCCAAGACGCAGUUAUUAUGAAGGGUGCUCUACAGGCGGUGCUCAAGGCUUUGCCUUAGCCCAGUUUCAUCCACAUCUGUUUGAUGGCAUCGCAGCGGGCUGUCCUGGAAACUGGUAUUCUCAUUUGGCACUAUCAUUCCUAUGGAACGCUCAGGCGACUCAGGGCUCGAAUACCUUGCCGCAGACUGCGCUUGAUCUCAUAACCCAGGCGGUCUUAGCAAAGUGCGACACCAUCGACGGGGUUAAGGACGGGGUGGUAGAAAACCCCUUAUUAUGUUCUUUUGACGUUUCAUCACUGGAGUGUAAGGCACCGGUGACGAAUUCAUCCACAUGUCUUACGCCGGCUCAAGUGGCGACGGCGCAGAAAAUUUAUACCGGCCCUGCUGAUCUUCGCUCAAACACCUCUCUGUAUCCGGGAUUCUCGGUAGGAAGCGAGACAGAGUGGGCGAUGCAGGAAGGUGCUCUAGCGAAUGCCUUCUCGAUUCCGAUCUUGCAGAACAUGGUCUUUAACCUGACAUUUGACCCUUCGGCAUUCAACUGGGGCACCGACAUAGAUGCGCUCAACGAGAAGGUGGGUACGUUCAUCGACGAGAUUAGCCCGGACCUAUCAGCGUUGAAGGCAACUGGUGCCAAGAUGCUCGUGUUCCAAAGCUGGACCGACCCGUUCAACGCCGCGAUGUGGCCAAUUCAACAUCUUCGUCAGAUCGAGGACUUCUUCGGCGGCGAUGUGGGCGAUUGGUUUCGGCUGUUUAUGAUACCUGGCGGUGGCCAUUGCGGCGCAGCUGCGGGCUAUCCCCAAGUUCCGGCGACGUGGCAUGCGCUCGAUGCUCUCGUACAGUGGGUUGAGACGGGACGGCCGGCAACGGAGAUGCUGGGCACUGAUCCUUCGGACAAGAGCUUGCUGAACAAGACGAGCAAGUUUUGCCCCUGGCCUCAAACAGCUAAGUUCAAGGGUGGCGAUCCGAAUAAUUGGUAUUCGUUUGAGUGCGGAGAAUGA